AUGAUCGGCCGCUGCCCCUCAGGAGUCGUUCUUGUCCUGUCCUUGGCCAGCGGUUUAGCUGACCCAUGCCGAAACAAUGCCUUCCCAAUGAUUUCGACUUGCCUUGGCAUCGCGCUGUCUGAAUGCACUACAACAACAACCACGGCUUCUAGCACGGAAACUUCGACAUCCUUGACGGGUUCCACACACACCAGCACUACGAUCACCGUCACGACCACUUGCUUCUAUGACUGCGGCGAGGACUUGGACAAUUGGGAGCGUGCAUGGUCUGAGAAGAAGAAGGCGUGGUGUUGCGAGCGUGAGCGGCUAGGCUGUCCUUCAACAUCAACGACAUCCUCGACAGUCGUCAGCAGCACUUCUAGUACGUCGGCUUCCGGUACAAGUACAAGCACUUCCAGUGGGACAACAUGGCUUGAUUGCCAAGCCGGGCUGAGCAACUGGCAAGCGGGCUGGUCUUCUUUCAAGCAGCAAUGGUGCUGUGAGACUCAGCUCGUGGCUUGCCCCCCAGAAACACAAACCAGCAGCACAGCAACGAGCGCAACGAGUACAUCCCUGACCACAUCCUCCACAUCCAGCACAGCUUCAACGUCGAUGUCUACAAGCAGCACCCGUACCGAUACCACAUCCAGCACAACCACACCUACCACCACCAUCUCAAGUUCGCACACAACCAGUACCACGAGUACCACCACAUCCUCCAGGUCCAGCACUACUUCAACCUCGCAGUCUACAAGCAGCACCCAGACGGGUACUACAUCCAGCACGGCGACUGCCACAGCCACCACAUCAAGUUCCAGCACAAACACCACCACCAGUACCACUACAACGGCCACGGUGUAUUUCAACUGUAGUAUCGAUUUCUAUAAUUGGGAAUUACUUUGGUCUGUGAGGAAGAUGGAGUGGUGUUGCGAGCGAGAGCAGCGGGGCUGCCCUUCCACGACUUCGACGACAGGUACAACAAGAACUGAGACAACAUCCAGCUCUACGAAAACAACCAAAACCACGUCUAGCUCCACUACUGGAACCAGCUCCACCACAUCGAGCAUCAUGACGACAACAGUGACCACCACAUGUUGGUUCGACUGCACCGCAGAAUACGACAACUGGCAACAGGCGUGGUCGGACAAGAAGCAGGCGUGGUGCUGUCGAGAGCAGCAGCGCGGCUGCCCCGCUACGACUAGUACUACUGGUACCAGCUCAUCCGUCUCCGCCACGACCACGUCCACCAUCACCCUCUCCACCACGACCAUCUCCGCAACGACCAGCUCCACGUCCUCAUCCGCCACCAGCACUGCUACAACUUCCACCACACGUGGUUUCAAUUGCAGUGCCGGGCUAGACAACUGGCAGACGGGCUGGUCGGAUGCGAAGAAAGCGUUUUGCUGCCACGCUGAGCAGCUGGGGUGUCCGCCCAGUACGACAACCGUGUCUACACUGACAAGCACAUCUAUCACUUCCUCCAGCACAUCAUCCAGCACGUCGUCGUCAACACAGCUGCCAAUUUCGUGCCAAGCAGUUUUCGCGAGCCUGCCCACCAAUGCCUGCGACAGAGCGGCCACCGACGGAUGUAUGGCCGACGGGUCAAUUCAGGCCGCACUGGAAGGGCGCAGCACCUGUGAUACUUUGUCCGACGAUGGUUUAAGUUGCCCUGGCACGGCUGGAGUCGUUAGCGAGACUGUUGCUUGUCGUGCUUGUGCGACCCUGCUGCUGCAAGACUGGGGCGAACUAGGGCAACAACUUACCGGCGAAAUUCGUUGGAGUUCAUCGGCGACAUGUCAGCCGAAUACAUCGGCAAUCGAUGGCUACAACGUCUGGCUCAUCGAUGAGUGCGGUACGCAACUGCAGCUGAUCGGAACCGUUGCCAAGAAGCAGGUGCAGGAAUGGCUGCCAGAAAAUCCGGAUUGCUGCCAUCCAUCCUGGAAUUCCCUUUACGUGGAUGCAGCACACUUGCCGGAAGCAGUCGCCGGCUUUGUAGUUACGGCGCACCAGGGUGGUGCGGACAUCGCUGUGCCACUCCUACCCAUUUUCCUCAAGGAUCUACUCCGAGGCAUACCUACAACAACGACGAGUGCGCCUGAGACCGCUACGACCACCAGCUCAAGCUCAAGCUCAAGCACCACCACGCUUUCCAUGUUAGUUCUUCGAGGCGGGAUGAGCCUAAGCCUCCCGAAUGCUGCAGUGUUGGAUCAUGUCGACGACAUCGCAGAGGCGGUCAAGGAAAUGGUAGCCGUCGUGCUUUUGGGAGACGCAGCGACGCCGGAGGAGGUGGCAAGGCUGCAGGUCAAUUUAACAACGACUUCGGGCUCGAUCUCAAGGCUCCUGACACCCUUAUCGCGCAUCAACGCCGAUUACGUGUGGCCAAUGCCGCGCAAUGACAUCCUGCAGGAAGGGCUCGUGUCGCUGAAGCAGUUGAAUGCGGACAUUGCUACCGAGACCCUUGCAGAGGUUUUGCAGCAAUUCCCGGCACUGGCAGACAUCCCCUUGAUGAUCGAUUCGGUGAUUCCUGUCGUUGUGGUGGAUUCGGGCUCGACAUCAACUUCGACGCUUUCUCUUACGACUUCGCAGGCAUCAACGACAACAUCUGCCACAAGCAUCUGGAGAACCUCUGCGCCAACGGCUGCGACUAGCACAAGCUCGGGCACCAGCACGCCUUCCAGGGGAUCGACAUCAACUUCAACGCUUUCCUUCACGACUUCACAGGUAUCGGUGACGACAUCUGCGACAAGCAACCUGCAAAGCAGUGCUUCAGCAUCAACGACAACAUCUGCCACAAGCAUCUCGCGAACCUCUACGUCCACCAUGUUAACGGCUGCGACUAGCACAAGCUCGGGCACCAGCACGCCUUCCAGGGGAUCGACAUCAACUUCAACGCUUUCCUUCACGACUUCACAGGUAUCGGUGACGACAUCUGCGACAAGCAACCUGCAAAGCAGUGCUUCAGCAUCAACGACAACAUCUGCCACAAGCAUCUCGCGAACCUCUACGUCCACCAUGUUAACGGCUGCGACUAGCACAAGCUCGGGCACCAGCACGCCUUCCAGGGGAUCGACAUCAACUUCAACGCUUUCCUUCACGACUUCACAGGUAUCGGUGACGACAUCUGCGACAAGCAACCUGCAAAGCAGUGCUUCAGCAUCAACGACAACAUCUGCCACAAGCAUCUGGAGAACCUCUGCGCCAACGGCUGCGACUAGCACAAGCUCGGGCACCAGCACGCCUUCCAGGCUUGUUCUUGAAGGCGGCAUGCGCCUAAGCCUUCCGAAUGCUACGGCGUUGAACCUUGACGACCUCUUGCAGGCCACCAAAGAGAUGUUGGCGCUCGUUGUUUUUGGAGACUCCGCGACGCCAGAGCAGGUGGCAAGGCUGCAGGUCACCUUGACAAACCCAGCGCCGGUCUCAAGGCGGCUUGAAGCAUUGCUAAACAUCAUCAUCACGUACACGGUGGUCCUGUUGAGCGACGACGAUGUCCAAGAGGCCCUCGAUUCGCUUGAAAGGUUGACUGUGUUGACUGCGACGGAGCUCCUUGCGGUGAUUCUACAGCAGUUUCCAGCACUGGCAAGCGUCGCGGUGCUGGUGGAAGAGCUGGUUCCCGUCGCCGUGGUGGACCCGGAGUCAACGUCGACUUCCACAGUGGUGACAUCUUCCUCGACUUCAACGACGACGCUGGCGAAUCCGGAUUCCGAGAAGCCGACUUUCCACCUUCCACAACAGUUAAGCAUGAGGGAUGCUACGGCGGAGGGUGAGGCAUCAGCACUCGUGGGCAUGAUCCUGGGGAUUCUGCUCAUCUUCCUGUGCAUCCUGGGUCUGGCACGGAAGUGUCUGCAAGCUCAGGAGAGCUCGCGGGAAGAACCCAUCACGACGGGUGCGUGGGACAUAUCUUCCCCGGGCCGAGCCGCUGGCGAUCAGGCCAAGCAGCGGCAGGCGGAAGGAUGUUCGCGCCACACUAUGACAAAUCCAGAGAGCUACGUAAUCACAACUCCCAGCGCCUCCUCCGACGUUACCACAUUCUCCGAUCCGAUACGUGUAAUCACAACUCCCAGCGCCUCCUCCGACGUUACCACAUUCUCCGAUCCGAUUGUCCUUUCAGAGGGUGUGUCCGCAGCCGACUGUGUGCUGCCAGGCCAGCUUCCGUUGGGUUGA